AUGGUAGUCGGCAGCAUCCAAUGAAAUGAUCCAAACAAAACACAGAAGAAGCUCAAUCCUCGUUGGCCCCAAACAACAAUCACCAUUUCGUUCCGACGAGGGUUCUAUUUCAUCAUACACUUUGUUUCUGCUACUCCAUCCAUCCCACAGAUUCAAUUCAAUUGCAAUUUCAAUCUCAAUUUACCCUAACUAAUUUACCAUCUCACAAAAUUUUCCCCCAAUUUCCCCAAACAAGUUGAUGAAUUAAUUAUUAAAUUAUCUUCAACAUCACUACUACUUUUCUCCCUCCAAUCCCCUUUUCUCUUCAUACCCGCCUCAUUUCUCUCUCUCUAAAAUCCCCUUUUGUUUCAAGGAAGGAAUAAAUGACUGGAAUUGCAAAGGAGGAAGAGUCAGGGAGUCCUAGUUGGGGUGCUUCUUUUUUUACACAGACAACAGAGGAUGUAGCUAAAGCUGUCGCUGCUGCUAUGAAUUCUGAAAGGCCAUCUGUGAUAUAUUCAUCUAAAACUGAUCAUGGGGGUAGUCAGCUUCAAAGGCUGCAGAGUCAAGUUACUAAAUUGAUAAAAGGAUUUUCUGGCACUUCUGAAGUUAAAUAUGCAAAUUACAAUCCAGAAAUCCUGACAAGUCAGAAGCGUCAAUGGGCUGCCAACUUUCAUUUGCAGUACAUGGAUCAUAAGUCUUGGAAGGAGCCAUCAAGGCUGUUUGAAAGCAUGGUGGUUGUUGGACUUCAUCCUAAUUGUGAUAUUCAGGCACUGCAAAGACAAUAUAUUGAUAGAAAGUCUGAAGGCUCUGGUAAAUUGAGAAGUGCACUUGGUUACCAUAAUCAAUCCCGUGUAGAGCCUAAUCUUGAACCUCAGGUCUUAUUUGCUUACCCUCCAGACAAGCAGCUGCCUCUUAAAGAUAAGGAUCUUUUUUCUUUCUGCUUCCCUGGAGGCCUGGAGGUUAAUGCUGUGGAGAGAACCCCUUCCAUGAGCGAGUUGAAUGAAAUUCUUUUUGGGCAGGAACACCUUAAACAAAGGGAUCUGUCUUUUGUAUUUAGGUUACAGGGUGCUGAUAAUUCAACACUUUACGGAUGCUGUGUCCUAGUUGAUGAGCUAGUGCAAAAACCAUCCGGAUUGCUCUCCCUGAUUUUGGACAAGCAGUCAUCUCACUCUUCAUUGAGACGCCAUAUAAUAACCACAAAGAGAUGUUACUGCAUUCUUUCAAGGCUCCCAUUUUUUGAAUUGCACUUUGGUGUAUUGAACAGCAUCUUCAUGCAAGAAAGGUUAGAGUGGUUGACAAGCAGUGUUGAAGAUUUAAAUUUAGAAAUUGUUGAAGGUAGUUAUGAUGAAGAAAAUUCAGGGGAAAAUUCAGAGUGUGUGUUGAUGAAUGAUAGACCAACAGAAGACAGAGAUGACGAUAAUCCAACAAUUUCUCAAUCAAAGCUAGGAAGUUCCCUACCCGAAAACAUUGAAGGUGAUAGUAGUCAUCUAGAGAAACAAAUGGUUAAUGAGGAGCUGCAUACAUUUAAGGAGGGAGUCAAUAAUGACACUGUUGUCCCAAUUGAUCCUGAACCUGAUAUAAAAACUGCCAAAGAAGAAUCUGGCUGUAAAAAUGCUGAAGAUAGUGAUCUGUGUCGAGAUGCUUUUGUUACAAACAAACAGUCAGAAGAUAGGCGCUUACCAAAUGCUAUUUUGCCACUCUUGCGCUAUUGCCAGUAUGAAAGCUCUGAAUCUUCCUGCAGUAUUCAAGGUUCACCUUGUGAAGACAGGAACUUUAGGAGUGAUGCUGAUGAUACCGAGACAGAAGAGGCUUCAAUCUCGGGCCAAGAGGAUUUAAAUGACCUACAUGAUAUUCUUGAAUGGGCUAAGGCAAAUAACUGUGGACCGUUACAGAUUAUAAGCGAGUAUUAUCGUUUAAGUGUUCCUGCAAGGGGCUCAGCACUUACCUUCCGUCCUUUGGAGCACCUUCAUCACCUGGAAUAUCACAGACCAGCUGAGACAGUUCUUCAUCUUGCUGGUUCAACUGUUGAUUUGAAAUCUUGCAGUACGCGUCUUGAAUUUGCUGAGGCACAUAUCUCCCUUCUGGCUGAGGAGGAGGCAACUUCAUUAUCUAUAUGGGCUGUAGCGUGCAUGUGUGGUACCUUGAGGCUUGAAAAUGUUUUAACAUUGUUUGCAGGAGCUCUACUGGAGAAGCAGAUAGUGAUUGUCUGUUCUAAUUUGGGAAUCCUGUCUGCUUCAGUUUUAUCAGUUAUUCCACUAAUCCGGCCCUACCAAUGGCAAAGCCUGCUUAUGCCGGUUUUACCAAAUGACAUGCUUGAGUUUCUGGAUGCUCCUGUCCCUUACAUAGUUGGUAUCAGGAACAAGACCAAUGAAAUUCAGUCAAAGUUAACCAAUGUUAUUUUGGUUGAUGCCAAUAAAAAUCAGGUGAAGUCACCAACGGUACCUCAACUGCCAAGACAGAAAGAGCUAAUCUCUUCUUUACGUCCUUAUCAUGCAACUCUUGUGGGAGAAAGUUACUUGGGUAGGAGAAGACCGGUGUACGAAUGCACGGAAGUGCAGACAGAAGCUGCCAAAGGGUUCUUAUCGGUGUUAAGGUCUUAUUUGGAUUCCCUUUGCGGUAACAUCCGUUCUCAUACGAUAACCAAUGUACAAUCCAAUGACGAUAAGGUAUCCUUGCUUUUGAAGGAGAGUUACAUUGACUCAUUCCCUUAUCGUGAUCGGGCUUUCAUGAAGCUUUUUGUGGAUACACAGCUCUUCUCUGUGCACACAGAUCUUGUUCUCUCAUUCUUCCAAAAGGAAUAGGACUGGAAUGCAAUACAUUAUGGGAAUAUUGUUGCCAUAGAAAGCUUGAACGCAAGUUCAGUGUUGUAUAAUUUCUCUAAAUUAUGAGCUAAAUUUUGUCUCCUUACAUGCAUCUCAAAUUUUAUUUUUCAGUGCCUUGGGCGUUCUGUAGAACCUGUACAUACUGCAUAGUGAGAAAUAAUUCAAGCUUUAAUUAUAUAGGGUUUCAUUUUAUGUAAAUGACAAUUUUCAUACACCAAAAGUAAAAGUUGUGCUUUAUCUCA